AUGCCGUCCGCUCUCAUUGACCACAGUCGAUUCGAUUCGAUACCAGAUUCUAUUGCCGCUUUCCGAAAUGGCGAAUUCAUAGUGGUAAUGGACGACGAAAACCGCGAGAACGAAGGUGACCUAAUCAUAGCCGCCGAAAAUGUAACGACCGAACAAAUGGCUUUCAUGAUCCGACAUACCUCCGGCCUAAUUUGCGCACCUAUUACACCCGCCCUUACCGAGUCCCUCAAGCUACCGCAAAUGGUAGAGAACAGCGAAGAUCCCCGUGGUACAGCCUACACCAUCUCAAUCGAUGCGGCUGACCCCUCCGUAACCACCGGUAUUAGCGCUCAUGACCGCGCACUCACCGUCCGACACCUCGCAGAUCCUAAGUCAACCGUAGCAAGUUUCCGACGCCCCGGACACGUAUUCCCGUUGCGCGCACGACCAGGUGGUGUUAGGGUCCGGAGGGGACAUACAGAGGCCGGUGUUGACUUCUGCAGGCUAGCUGGUAAACCCGAAGCCGCGGCAAUUUGCGAAUUGGUCGAAGACGGAAACGAGGUCAGUGGUAGCGCAGUACGAGAAGGCCCUAGUAUGAUGCGAGGCGAGGGGUGCAUUGCGUUCGCGAGAAAAUGGGGACUAAAGGUCUGCACGAUUGCGGACCUAGUCACUUACCUGGAAAAGGCUGAGGGCAAGAUCGGGGCAAAUGGAAGCUCAUCAUAA